UCUGUCGCAGAGACGCCUCGUUUUUGAUCAAAACCUUCACUUCACCCUCACCCCUAAUUCACUUCUCUCUCUGAGGGAGGUAUUAGCUCAAGGGGAAUCAAGAAUUAUCAACCAUUUCUCCACGACGAAGUUGAGCCCUAAUCUUCAAAUCCAGUAUCCCGCUCAAACCAGUUCGGAUCACAAAACAGAGCGAAAGAUGUCUCAUUCAGUCUUCCAAACAGCGCAGAUUAUGCCUCUCGCGCCAACGACCAAAUCCUUGUCGUCCACCUUGCAGCCAAUUGCAACCAUUUCCCUGCGUCCAGCAUCGCCGCCGUUUCCCGGCAGGCGGCGGAGGCAUUAUUUUACAGUUAGGGCUUCAUCUUCUGCGUUGGUUGACGGUGACGCUAAUGCGCACCUUGAGCGAUGCUUUCAGGCGUCUCCUGAUGCUCCUUCUUCGACUCCUUCUUCCAGCUCCGUGGAGUUUGGCCCCACUAUGAAGGGGGGACAGUACGGGGCGUUUGGAGCAGUUACCUUGGAGAAAUCGAAGCUGGAUAUGACGAAGAAGGAAACUAAGUCUAGUGCUCAGAUUGAAACCGGGGGUGGAGGUGGCAAUCAGGGGAAGGGUCUUAGUCAUGGCGGUGGUGAUGGAGGCGAUGAUGGUGGCGAUGAUGAUGAUUACUUUGACGAUUUUGAUGAGGGUGAUGAGGGAGACGAGGGUGGACCGUUUAGGAGAAGGAUCAUUCUGGAGGAGUUGUUUGAUAGGAAAUUUGUUGAUGCUGUAUUAAAUGAGUGGCAAAAGACAAUUAUGGAUUUACCAGCUGGGUUCCGUCAAGCCUAUGAAAUGGGUAUGGUUAGUUCUGCUCAAUUAGUAAAGUUUCUUGCAAUCAAUGCCAGGCCAACCACAGCAAGGUUCAUCUCACGGUCUAUUCCCCAAGGAUUGUCUAGAGCAUUUAUUGGCAGGAUGAUUGCCGAUCCUGCAUUUAUGCUCAGACUGCUUCUUGAGCAGGCAAGUACAAUUGGUUGUUCUGUUUUGUGGGAGAUCCAGAAUCGAAAAGAGAGGAUAAAGCAGGAAUGGGAUCUUGCCCUCAUCAAUGUGCUCACUGUGACAGCUUGCAAUGCAAUUGUUGUUUGGUCUCUUGCCCCCUGUCGUUCAUAUGGAACUACCUUCCAAACUGAUUUGCAGAAUACUCUGCAAAAGCUCCCUAAUAAUAUUUUUGAAGCUAGCUAUAAAUAUAGAGACUUUGACAUACAAAAGAGACUUCUAUCAUUCCUUUACAAAGCUGCAGAGUUAAGUAUGGUAGGUUUUACUGCCGGAGCUGCACAGGGGGCUCUAUCAAAUUUUUCAGCCAGGAAAAAAGAGGGAAGGUUAUCAGUGAGCGUUCCAUCUGUUAGCACCAAUGCACUCGGUUACGGAGCUUUCCUUGGUCUCUAUGCCAAUCUGCGCUAUCAACUUCUAUGUGGUUUUGAGAGAGCUACGACCAGUUACUUCGAUGUUAUAGGAGUAGCUCUGUUCUUCAGCGCUGCUUUGAGGGUCCUGAAUGUUCAAGUGGGAGAAACGUCUAGGUUGGCUUGGCUUGGUGUUGAAGCUGAUCCAUUGGUUCAAUCGGAGGAUCUCCUGAAAGCUUACAACAGACCUUCAGAAGGCGUAAACCAGUCUUCUUCAAAAUGGUUCAUAUCCAAAAAUGCUAUUGUCUCUGGGCUCGGGCUUCUUGGGAUCAGACAAGGACAAACCGACUCUAAAGUUGAGGGUGAUGCACCUGCGCCCAAGGCUAGAAGGAAGAGAAUUGUCAAAAGGAAGGUGGCAACAAGUUGAACUGUGCUUUUUAACGCGGGCUUUGAUUUUCUACCUACCAUAUAUACGAGAAUGCUCAGUGCGCAUGGCUAACGAGCUAGUACGUUGUUGUGUUACUGUUGAGCCGGGCCAGACAAGCAUUGAACAAUUUUGAUGGUUCUCGGGAUAGCGCCAUUUUUAUCGAUUUUUUCCUAAUUUUUAGCCUCUCUAACGAUUUUAGCAUGAUCAUGUGACUCGCAGACUCAAUUUUUGUAAGAAAGUUUAUGUAAGCUCGUUAAUGAUGAAUGAGGUGCAACACA